CGACCUCAACGCUCUGGACAAGAACAUGGCCACUGAAACCCAUCCCAAAAAUUUCGCCGCACUCACGCCAUGGCUUACGUCUCUACGCCACAAGAAGAAGGAGGCGCGGCGGAAGAACACGGCUCGAGAUUAUGGGCCCACGAGACGAAAGCUCCACGACCCGCGAGCUCGCCCGCGCCGCGCCGGCCUUCGAAACCGGCUCGAGCCGUGGCCUGGACCCACUCCACCGCAGCACGCGGCUCCCCGAGCCGUAGGUGCCUCCCGGCCAUCGGCUCGCCGCGGCUAUAAAACCCCCCCUCGAGACCUCUUUCGCCGGCGAAGAAGACCACUUGGCGACGGCUCCUCCCGUAACAGGUCUUCUUCCCCCCACAGCAAUCGGCCGGCGAUUCCCCGCCGCUAGCCGGAGCAAUCGCCGGCGAGUUCCUGCCCGCAGCCAGUCCACCGGCGAGGAACAUCUGAUCGUACCGUUUCCAGCGAUCACCGAGUCCCCCACACGCGAGCGGCAGCAAUCGUCGGCGAACUCCUGAUCGCACCCAAUCAGCCGGCGGAAGUAGACAUGGAACCCCCCAACUACGUGCUCAUCCGCCAGCCGCGGUGGCGCAAGACGAGGCGUCGCCCCCUCACUGACCGGGAGCGCGGAAUCGAUGUGGUGUGCCGCGAUGGCCUCUUUGCGCUGCCCAUGGAGGCCAAUGCAGCUGACUCCUUUGUGUUAGCCCUGAACAAGUUGGCUCUAUGCCUAUACAACAAUGUUGCCGAUAUGAAGAUGGCCAAACGGAGCUGUGAAAUUGAACUAGAAGAUGCGGAUGGUGAAUGUCUGCGACUCAUGAGGCUGGUAGUCGUCCAGAUGAACAAGAGGCUCCGCCGCCUCCGCCGUCUGGCAUACAAGGUCCGCCAAUGUGUGCUGGGCAUCGAGGGUGCAAAACCCUUGAAUGAGCCAAAAUGCUGGGACGGUGAACGAGGGUUCCAAUGGAUUUGCACCUCCGAGAACCGAGAUAAUUUGGAUACUUGUGAUGCAUGAGCCAGAGAUAACCUAUCAUUUCCACUGUGUUGUCAUGACUUGUACUUCUAGAUCUUACGUGGAUUCAUGAUAGGCUACUUGUA